GAAGAAUCAUCCUAUCUUUUUCUUCGCGUGCGUACACCCACUGACAAACCCUUGUUAAGGAUUCAUCUCCGAUUUCCGAUCUUGAUAGAUUUGCUGUAAUCAUCUUGUUUAGGGAAAAACCCUAUAUUGAAUCAUCAACAGGGUCGAACAGCGCAUCAUUGUAUCUAUAGAUCCCAUUUCAUUUCAGUUUCGAGGAGGUUUUAAUCUCGAAGGGAUAUAUUUUCUCACAUCGUGCUCUGGGUUUCUUGUUUACUGAAAAAAGAUUCAUUUUUUUGCUUGAGUUAUUCAUGCUAUGUGCUUGGAAUCCGUUUCUUCACAUAGCAUGACAGAAGUUGCUGCUCAGAGAUCUUUAACUUCUAAUGCUGUACAUUUUGGUGAUGGGACUUCGAAGUUUGGUACUAAAGUUAAAAGGAAGACAAUUUCAGAACUGAGGGGAGAGCAGUUGAAGCGGAAGAGAAUUGUGGAGCUUGUAGAUGAAUCUCCACCUAGUUCACUACACUCAAAGGCCAAUGGUGGAUCAAUAUCUGAAGCUAAUAAGCCAGAUUUGCCAAAAGUUCCAAGAUUUGUAAACACCCGUAUGAAUGAAGUAUAUCCUGCGAGGAAAAGUAGUAUUCCUCUUUCUGCAAAACAAACUAAUAAGCAGAUAAAUAUUGGUCUGGAGACUCCUACUAGGAAGCUGAGCAGUUGUCGUUCUUCAGUUUUAGCUGAAAAUAAUCAAUCACAACUUUCAAAAAGAAGAGGUGAUUCUCUUGCUUUCACUUCUACCAUGGAUGGUACUGUCCCAGCCUUUAAUGCCGAAAAGUUUGGUGAAAAUAGAUUCUGCAGUGUUGCUGAUCUUUCAUCAGGUGGAGAAAAUUUAUCUAGCAAGGGAGCAAUUGAUACGGACAAAGCAUUUAAAGGACUGGUUGCACCUGAUCCUUGGGAUACAAUGUCAAAUUUUGCUUCUUAUGACAAGAGACAUGCUAUUACCUCAGCAAAUUCAAUCUCUGAAUUUCAUGUCCCUGGGAAGAAGACUCCAUUGGACUUUACUCUGAAGACAACUAUGCGAGUGCUAACUUCUUCCCCUGUAACUUGGUUUCACAGGUUAGUCAGUAGCUGCCCGUGGUAUAACUUGCCUGAUUUUGACUCUGAGUUUGGUUGUGACAAGAGAAAGGUCUCAACAGAAUUGAACUCCAGUUGUGCAGUCAACCCAAGAGCUUUGCACUCAUGGGUGUAUCCUGAUUCUUCUCUUCCACCUUCUAUCAUCUCAAUGUUAAACUCAUCUGCAAUUCAAGGAGAACAAAUGGAUUUCUUGAGAACACGGAAAUUGGCAUGGGAGAUCUCAUUUCGAAGUCUAUACUAUAUGCUUCGAAAGAAUAUUUGUAACAUUUUCUAUGUAUGUACUAUACAGUUUGUGGUGAUGUUCACUGGUGAUGGUUCUAUGAAAGGGACGCGCACAUGCAGUGCAUAUAUAUCUCGAUCCACACAAGGACUAAGAUCAUUGUUAAAAGAACAUGACAUUUGUUUCUCUAUGCCUCUUUGUCGAUCUAAAGUUGUGGAAGUUGCUGCAGAAGACUUGGUUGAGCUAUCAGAGAUGGAGAAGCAUAAUGUGGGCCAGAUUCGACGGUUAAAUUCCACGUCUGGUGUGGAUAAUAGCGAGCAGUCUUUGCUUGCAUUUAUUGGCAAUAACAACGUACAUGCAUUGUAUGAUUUUCUUUUAAAUUACAGACACCUUUUAAAAUCUUUGGCCAGUGAUGAUCUUCCUGUGUUAUAUUCCCCAGUGCCAUUUCAUAAUGCUACUCUUUCUGCUCCUGAGGUUAGAUGCAAAGAGGUGAGAAGAGCUGACAAUGUGUUACUUCCUCUCAAGCCAUCCAUGACUAACCAUGAACAAAACCAGGCUUCACCUGCCAGUUUAUUUUAUAGCAUUGAAAUAAAAAAUACAUGUCUUCCUCCUUGGGUGAUAAGCACAUUUUGUGAAGUCAUCAGUGCCAAAUCAACUUCUUUCGAGGCUAGUUUUGUUACAAUGCCCAAUUCCAGUGGCUUGAAUGUUGUUUUGGACACCAUCUUGAAGAAAUCUGAUGAUCAGAAGACUGCCAAUAUCGAUCAGGAAGAAGGUAGCCAUGUUUAUAGUGCAUCAAACGCCACCGUUUCUCCUCAUUUGCAUUCUUCAUCCUUAAAGUGCUUGAAGUACAAAGAUGAUUCUUAUACUGCGAUUGUUUCGCCACUUUGAUAAUAUUCUGUUUAAACAUUUAUCUACUACAUUUAAACUAUCAUUUAUUUGUUUUUCUUUGUUACAACAUGAUUCAUAGUGGUGCCUCAUAUGAUAGCGCCACUUACACACUAUUGUGGUUUUUGAGAUUUGUUUGUACUCAAGAUUGAUUCUUUAAUCUGAAUUGGUUUUGGAGAUUUGUUUGUACUCAAGAUGGAUUCUUUAAUCUGAAUCUUGAAUUCUCGUGUC